AUGGGAAACCAAUUCCAGUACAGGCAAGGUAAUUUUAACCAAGGCAAUUAUAGCCAAGGUUGGAAGAACCACCUUAGUUUUGGACAAAAUCAAAGUAAUUAUUCUGGGCAGGCAGGAGGCUUCCGGCAGCAACAACCAUCACCUUUAUGGAAGCAGAUUGGCAAGUUGUCUAAAAGGAUAGAAACUACCGAGAAGAAUCAGUUUAGGGCUAACACUGAUGUUAACCCUAAGGACGAAUGCAAAGCUAUUCUGACAAGCAAUAAAAGGAAGGCAGAAGUGGAACCAAUUAAUUUUGAAAACAAUGAAAAAGAAGAUGAGGAGAUGAUGAGUGUUGACGAAGUCAAUGAGAAAAGAAGCAGUGAAGAUGAAGUUGAACUCACUUAUGAAGAAGAGGAUCCAGAAGAAGAAAUUAUUGAGCCAGAAGAUGAAGAUGAAGUUGAACUCACUGAUAAAGAAGAGGAUCUUGUUGUUCAACCCCAAAAGAUGAAUCAUCCGCCUAAGGUAGAAGAUCCAGGAUGUUUGAGAAUAUCAUGUGUUCUGAAUGAGUGUGAUGUAGGGGAAGCUAUGAUAGAUUCCGGAGCUAGCAUCAAUAUGUUACCCAAGCAUUUCUUAACAAAAUUCAGAGGGCUAGUAUUGAAGCCGUCUAGCGUUACUGUGAUGGUGGCGGAUAGAUCUAUAGCAGAACCAUUUGGUAUGGUGGAGGAUGUUAUUGUGCGAGUGGAACAGCUUGAGUUCUUAGUUGAUUUUAUUGUCAUGGACGUGGAAAAUGAUGAAAUGAUUCCUGUACCUAUGAGUGAAGAAGAAAGAUCCAUCCAUCCUGAAUUAAAGGAAGACCUAUUCCAACCAGGCAUUAAAGUGAAAUAUAAGAGGAGGGAGUAG